AUGAUGUCAUCCUCAGCUUUUACGGCGGCGGCAAUCGGUGAACGGCUACAAGUAGCACUGGAAGAAGCAACACGUCACCUCGAAUGCGGUUGCUCCAUAAAAUGCUCGCUGGCAAUAUUACCAGACAUCGCUCUGCAGGGGAUGGCACACAGUUGGGGGAUCGUUGACCUUAUCGAACAUUCACAGGGCAGCACCUACGAGUUGGCUGUAGGUUUGGGAAAAGAUGUGCUAAGGGAGGCCCUCGCAGAUUUCUUACGUGAACAACAGAAUUCCGAUAGAAGAGAAGAGGCGCUGCCCCUCAUAGCACCCGUUGUGCAUAACCUGCCACGUUUCUCUGUAGUGCUGUUGCUCCUCAUCAUGCCUGCUCACAGCAGCCUGUGGAGUGCGAGACGACGUUGGAUAGAGACAUGCACUGCAAACGGUGAAGAUCAUUCCCGCUCCUUCUUGUUUCAGGAGGUGCUCGUAACGUCUUUACUGCUAAACUUUUAUUAUAAAGUGCAGGAGGUCUGGGUUUAUCGGUGGUGGGUAGUAGAACGGCUCUUAUCGCAUCCUGGUAUAAACUUGGAGGUUUUCAACGACCACGACCGCGGUGUGCUGAUGGAGGCCGCUGACAAGCAUCCCAUGAACUAUAACGCCUGGAACUAUCGCCGUCAGGUGUUCGAAAAUAUUUUGAACAUCACACAAAACGCAAGUAGGUGCAGGUCAUGCGCGUCAACACCUUCAUUACUCCAGCAGGAGGUUGAAAUCGCGCUGCGUUUUUUUGAAACCCACAACGGUGAUACGUCUGCUGCGUCGUAUCUUAUUUUUCUUCUUCACAAGGCGGAGACCAUCAGAAGUGACAGCGCAGAGGGUAAGUAUAAUCAGAAUAGUGGUGUUUGUGCCGGUUCCUUAGUGCAUAGUGUGUGGAAAAGGCUUAUGUUAGCCAGUACACAAGAGUUGCGUCGGCACUGGGACAAGGGUCACGAAGCCGUCUGGGUGUUGCGUUUGGCACUCAUUCACUGGGCGCUUCGCAUCCGUCCCAUGUGCGGUUGGUCACUCGAGGAUGAAAUGCAUCUCAUAUCAGUUUAUAUGGAAUUGCCAACGCUGCAUGAUGAAUGGGUUGGUUUGAGCGAAGUGACGUGGGUGGCGGCCUCAGGGAGUCCUUCAUGGACUUCGUUUUAUGCAGCACGGUACGGUGUUCAGUUGCUAAAAUUAGUUACUAAUGCGUGCCGUGGGAAGGGAAGAAAAGUUAUCGACUCUGAUGGCCACAAAUAA